GGAUGAAGAAACAAUAAUAUUAAUUUUUCCCUCGAAUAUACUACUACUUGCAGCAUGUACCCGGUACUCCGUACUAGUAUAGCUUUCAAGCGUUGGUGUGAAAGUAAUAUUAAGGUCCAGUAGAAAGCACGUGUCUUGCUUACGAGAAGCAGCAACACAUAAAACUUUCAGUAAAGUCUCUUCUCUUGCUCAUGCUAGCCCUGUCAUUUUCAGUCCUAAAUUAAAUCUCUCUUUCUUGUCCAUCGGUUUAUCAAAGAAUAUCCCACUCAAAGAGCAUAAUUCAGGUUUCCUUCUCAACUCAACUCUCCUGAUCUCUCUGGCUCUGCCUCUCUCUAUAUAGUGUCACAGUGUAUUCAUGCAGAAAUUGAUCCAAACCAAAACCAAAAGUGAAAAAAGAAAGUACCAAGAAGAAUAUAAUCAACACAAGAGUACAGUAGUGUAGCAAUGGCGGCGGCGGCGGCCGGCGGCAAGAUCAAGACGGUGGUGGUGCUGGUGAUGGAGAACCGCUCCUUCGACCACAUGCUGGGCUGGAUGAAGUCUCUCAACCCGGAGAUCGACGGCGUCACCGGCGACGAGAUCAACCACCUCGACGCCGCCGACCCGACCUCCAGGGCCAUCCGCUUCGGCGACGGCGCCGAGUACGUCGACCCUGACCCGGGCCACUCCAUGCAGGCCAUCUACGAGCAGGUGUACGGCACGCCGUUCGUCGACGCGCGCGCCACGCCCAUCACCCCUCCCGGCGUCCCCUCGCCGCCGAUGGCCGGCUUCGCGCAGCAGGCGGAGAAGGAGAAGCCCGGCAUGGCGGACACCGUCAUGAACGGCUUCCGGCCGGAGGCCGUGCCGGUGUACCGCGAGCUGGUGCGGCAGUUCGCCGUGUGCGACCGCUGGUUCGCGUCCAACCCGGCGUCGACGCAGCCCAACCGGCUGUUCGUCCACUCAGCGACGUCGCACGGGCUCGUCAGCAACGACACCAAGCUGCUCGUCGCCGGCCUCCCGCAGCGCACCAUCUUUGACUCCCUCCACGACGCCGGCUUCUCCUUCGGCAUCUACUACCAGUACCCGCCGUCCACGCUCUUCUACCGGAGCUUGCGCCAGCUCAAGUACGCCGGCAACUUCCACCCCUUCGACCUCGCGUUCCGGCGGCACUGCGCCGAGGGCAAGCUCCCCAACUACGUCGUCGUCGAGCAGCGCUACUUCGACCUCAAGAUGCUCCCCGGCAACGACGACCACCCCUCGCACGACGUCUCCGAGGGCCAGCGAUUCGUCAAGGAGGUGUACGAGGCGCUGCGUGGCGGGCCGCAGUGGGAGGAGGCGCUCCUCGUCGUCACCUACGACGAGCACGGCGGCUUCUACGACCACGUCCCGACGCCGGUGGACGUGCCCAGCCCCGACGGCAUCGUCAGCGCCGCGCCAUUCUUCUUCGAGUUCAACCGCCUCGGCGUCCGCGUCCCGGCGCUCUUCAUCUCGCCGUGGAUCGAGCCGGGCACGGUGGUGCACCGGCCGUCGGGGCCGUACCCGACGUCGGAGUUCGAGCACUCCUCCAUCCCGGCCACCGUGAAGAAGCUCUUCAACCUCAAGAGCUUCCUGACCAACCGCGACGCCUGGGCGGGCACCUUCGACGUCGUCCUCACGCGCGACGCGCCGCGCACCGACUGCCCCGCCACCCUGCCGGAGCCGGUGAAGAUGAGGCCGGCGACGGAGGCGGCGGAGCAGGCGGCGCUGACGGAGUUCCAGGAGGAGCUGGUGCAGCUGGGGGCGGUGCUCAACGGCGACCACGCCGACGAGGACGUGUACCCGCGCAAGCUGGUGGAGGGGAUGACGGUGGCGGAGGCGGCCAGCUACUGCAACGCCGCCUUCAAGGCAUGGAUGGACGAGUGCGACCGCUGCAGGAAGUGCGGCGAGGACGGGUCCCACAUCCCCACGGUGGUGAAGCCGCCGCCGCCGCCGUCGACGUCGUCCUCAGGCUCUAGCUCCUUUGCUUCCAAGUUGCUGUCUUGCUUUGCGUGUGGUCGUCCUAACAAGAAUUAGUCAGUGAAGAUGGCUGAUUAAUUGCUUAUUCAUUUCGCUUGUUGAUUACUGUAUAGAUUAUUAAUUUGGUUGUGCAGGGAGGAGUACAGUACUAAGGCCGGAUUUUACAGAGUGAUUAUGGGUGGUGUGUAGAUUAUUGAUGUGAUGAUUGUAUUACGAAUGUUGGUUUA